CUGACGCGUUCGUUAUCGCGCAACUUCAGAUAAUACCCGACGUGGGGUUCUGCUUUGCGAAUAACCUCGCAGUAUCACAAUUUACAGUCCGCACAGAGUGUCUUUUUUUUAGUCAUCUUGAAAUGACGAUAUUGGACCCAGGCAUCUCGCAGAACGAAGGAGAGAAUAUAUUUUAUUCAUCGACCGCAAAUCGUGCAUGAUAAUCGUCCGUGACGCGGUAAUACAAUAGAUCAAUCUACGAAAUAAAUAGCACGACAGCCUGACUUGUCCGCAACCGUUGGGGCCCAACUUAACCUACAAGAGUCAGGUUGAGGUGAAACUAGGUUUCCUCGAGCGUUGUCUCGUGCGUGUCACAAAUACGUCUUGUAUUGUUGUAAUGUUGACGGGACGUAAGUGAACGGCAAAUGAAAUGGAAACUCACGAGGGCGAGCAGUAUGUGACAUUUCCACUCGACGGUGUGCACGAUGCCAUACAGGAGAAUAUGAUAUCCCACGAGGAGAUAUGCGAGCCCGUCGAGUGCGUCGACGAAUGCGUUCUCCAGGAGGAACUCGCGGAAGUCCCGGUGAAUAACUCUAGCAACACUGACAUUGCUGAGUCGCAGGAUGCUGUUGAAAUUCUUACGGAACAGUCUGACGAAGAGGAGGUGGUGUAUCCGAUGUACAUCAAGCAAGAGGAACAGCAGCAAUACACGUCUGGUGACGACGAAUCCAUGGCUGUGGAAGCUUUGCGUCAGUUGGGUGGUAUGUAUCCUUGCUUCGAGAACAAGAAAGUCAGCUGUCUGAUCUGUAAGUGUCUCUUUACUGAAGAAGAGAUGGUUGAGCAUCGAUCGGUAUGUACAGCGUCUAAGCUAUCCUGUACUGUUUGCGGAGAGAGAUUUGAAAGGAAGAUCGAUCUGAAUAAUCACAUGGUGUGUCAUCAGGUGGAUCGUCCUCACGCAUGUAGAACGUGUGGUAAUUUAUUUCGUUCUAAGAGCAGUUUGCAAGCACACAUGCUGCAGGUACAUCAAGUUGAACGUCCACACAAAUGCACCAUCUGCGGCUCAGACUUCCAGAGACCCUCUAGCUUGUCUAAUCACAUGAAGAUACAUACUUACGUGGCGGGACGAGCAAUCAUGCAGUCACAGGGGAACAAUAUGUCCCAACCAACGGAAACGUUCAGGAAGUGGUCGGAGAACGCAUCCGAUUCGCAAAAUACGUCUCAGAUGCCAUCCUCUUCGUCUGUUCAAUCUAUACAGAAUUAUGAUGUGUGUCAGGUUCAAUGGCCGGUCUCGUCGUACAAUUUUCAUAACGAACAAUCGACAGUUACCGCAAUAGCGAAUCAUCAGGAGAAGAUGGAUACUCUGCAGGAAUUCACUGUAAUGCCUAAUGGUGAAGUAACGCAAUUCGAGUACACUGAACAAAAUAAUAUCGGUAAUCCAGUCAACAACAGUCAACAAUAUGAUAUAUCGAUAAACUCGUUUAAUACUCCGGACGGAAUAGUUAAAGUCGAGACACUUUCGUAUAAUAACGCGAAUAGAAAAAAUUACGGGGAAGCGGAAACAAACAGCGGUAAACAGUACACGUGUAAACAUUGCGGAAUCAAUUUUACACGCGCGACUGCGUUGGCAUCUCACGAGAAGAUUCACACUUCCAAAAACUGGAACAUGCCGAUCGAGUGCGAAUAUUGUGACAAACAGUUUCAAGAUGGGAAUCACUUGGCGAAUCAUCAGACCACCUGCGCCAAGAAGAUAAUGCAGAACAACAUAGAGCAAGGCGUGCCCAACAACAAGUGGGGCAAGCACGCUUGUUCCGAGUGCGGAAAAAAGUUCACGACCAAGCAGAAGAUGUUUCGCCAUCAGUGGAUCCACCGGAAGAAGACACACUCGUGCGAAGUGUGCGGUUCACAAUUUGAGAAGCAGAACGAGCUGGACGAGCAUAGACUGUCGGCGCAUCCUGGAGACUCGCCGUUCACUUGCGCCGAAUGCGGAAAGAGCUUCGUGUCCCGACAAGGUCUCUGGGAACACGGAAGAACGCACGCUGGGAGUCCGGCGCACUUUCAAUGCGACACCUGCUCGAAAACCUUUUCGUCUCGCCAAGGAUACUUGAUACACAAUCGUACGCAUACCGGCGAGCGACCGUACGGCUGCAAGUUUUGCUGGAAGGCGUUCCGGGAUGGCGGGACCUUGAGGAAGCACGAACGGAUCCACACCGGGGAGCGACCGCACGUGUGUCCGUUGUGCGCGAGGGCAUUCAAUCAGAAGGUAGUCUUGCGCGAACAUGUUCGGUGGGUUCACGCCGCGGGAAAGAACGAGACGGAAGCGACCAGUCCUCCGUAUCCUUGUCCUUUGUGCGGUGCUCUUAAUCAAGACCGCGACGAGCUCUGCGCGCACAUCGUUAAGCAUUCGGAUCAGAUGAUAGCCGAAGCAAAGGCGAAGACUAACAACGACGCCUCUGCGAAGUCGAAGCCAACGAAGAAGAAAUCAGCCAAGUCGUGCAACGCACGGAUAAAGCAAAAUUCCUUGGACCAUUUCAUCUCCAAGACGGAACAGAAUGAAGCCUUGUUAUCCAUCACCGAUACGUCUGAUAAAUCGGACGAUUUGCACGGUAUGAACGAGAAGCAGAGCAACGCCUACGUCGUGGUCACCACGGAGAAACGUGGCGAUGGCUACAUAGCGAUAUCCGAGCUUAAGCACAGCAAUAUACGGUUCAUCGUGGAAGGUAAAGAAGAUGAGAACAUUCACGUACUUCAAGUGGAUCAGAAUUCUCACCGGAAUUCUCUCAAUAUGAUUGCUAUGGAUAAGCAAAACGACGCGGUACGUAUCGUGUCUGAAACCGUGGAUAAUGCGCUCGGCGAAACGAUCAGGCAAAAUAAUAUAUCUACGAUGCACUUAAUUCAAUCUUCUAAACAGAACAAUACUCUAAAUAUAAUAUCGAAGCAGAACGAAUCGCUACCUGUUUUAGCGAUACCGAAUCCCCAGAGCCACGAAAAUUAUUCCAGCCAGAUCAUACAAGUGAGCAGUGAAGAUAUACCUAUGGAUGUACUGACCGAUCAAACCUUGAAAGAGGAGAGAGAUCAGGAUGAGCAGGAUACUUUAGUAGGAACAUCUCAGGAAGGGACAUCUCAUGUUAUCCAAGUUGUACAGUAUCACCAGCAUGAUAGUGAUGACGGAGAGGAUUUUACUUGCGAGAUCUGCGAAGAAACUUUUGCUGACAAAAAUAUGUUGAAAGAACAUAUUAAGGUUCACAUAUAAUUACCACCGUUACCUUGUUGUUCAUUGCAUUGCUUGUGAUAUUGCACACGCUAUUAAUGCGACUCUGUAGAAAGUAAAAAAUGUACAUAAGACAAAUUUACAGUAAUCCCUUGCCGAGAAAUUCACAGAAUUUAUUUAUAGGCUAUUUAUAUGCAAUAUUUUUAACAAGAUUGGUGUUAUGUACAUUUGUUACAAAGUUGACACAGAUUCAGUUCAUAAAACAUACACAUUUUAAUUACAUAAGAUAUACAUAUCUAAUUUAAUUUAAAAAAAGCUAUA